AUGAGGAUGCCCUCGCUCAGGCUCACGGCUGUGGCUGCUCUGGUCGCCGUCCUUUCCGCCGCGCAGGCAUCUUGGCAAGAUUACAAGGCACAAGCGCGCACGCCGGCCUCGUGUCCCGACUACGCCGACUAUUCGCGCGAACCACAUGCGCCCUUCACCGAGGGGCCGUUGAACUUGCCCUUUAUGCGGCCUAUUGAGGCGUGUCGCACCUUUACAAGUCCUGUGGUUGAGAAAGUCAUUCGCGAAAUGAAGUCGCGGAUUCGAGACGCCGACCUGGCCAGGUUGUUCGAAAACACGUUCCCCUCGACCUUGGAUACCACGGUCAAGUAUUUCGACCCCGAGGCCAAUUUGGCAUUCAUCGUCACCGGCGACAUAACGGCCCAGUGGCUCCGCGACACGGGCAACCAGUUUGCCCACCUAUACAGGCUUCUGCCGGAGGAUGACAACCUCCGGGACCUCGUCAGGGCCGUCAUCAACACCGAGGCGCGGUACAUCUCCCGAUAUCCCUAUUGCGGCGCGUUCCAGCCGCCGCCCGAGUCGGGGCUUCAGCCCACGGUGAAUGACUACGCCGUCGGAGUCAAGGUCAACCCGCCCGUGGACAACCAGACCGUCUUCGAGUGCAAGUACGAGCUGGACUCUCUGGCCGGCUUCCUCAAAAUCUCCCGCUCGUACUACCAAAACACGCAAGACACAUCCUUCAUCAAUGACAACUGGGAAAACGCCAUACGCAGCAUCUUCCAGACCAUCCACGAACAAUCCCAGAGCACCUGGUCCCAAAGCUGGCAGUUCGUCAGCUUCUUCAACUGGACGGGCACGCCCGGUUCUCUCUCGCCAGCCGUGCCCAACAGCGGCAACGGCGAGCCCAAGCGCGCCAACGGCCUCGUCGCCUCGAGCCAUCGCCCAUCCGACGACCUGUGCGUCUUCAACUUCAUCACCUCCGACAACGCCAUGCUAGCCGUGGAGCUCGAACACAUAUCCAACAUGCUCGACAGCACCCGCAAACUAAGCAGCGUCUCCAGCCAGGCACGCCAGCACGCCCGCACCAUCCGCGACGCAGUCCACCAACACACCAAGACGCCCGACAACAUCUUCGCCUACGAGACAAACGGCUACGGCGGCCAGUACGUCAUGGACGACGCCAACGUGCCGAGCCUCGUAUCCCUCCCGUACCUCGGAUUUCUGCCCAGAGACGAUGACGUCUACAGGAAGACAAAGGAGGCCAUGUUCUCGCGCUUGAACCCGUACUACGCCGUUGGCGAGAAAUUCGAGGGAAUCGGUGGCCCUCACGUCAAUGCCACUUAUCCCUGGCCCAUGUCUCAGGUGUCGGCGAUUUUCGGCACUGACGACGACGAAGAGAUUGAGGAGCGUCUCAAGCUCAUUCUUGAAAGCACGUCCGGGCUGGGCCUUAUCCAUGAGAGUGUGAAUAUGAACAAUGCUAGUGACUUUACGCGACCGUGGUUUGCGUGGGCGAAUAGCUAUUUUGCCGAGAUGAUGUUGGAUUUGGCCGAAAGGAAGCCGUGGACAAUUUUCAAGGACAACACGUCUUAUAUCGCUGGAACGGCGGAGGCUGAUGAAGAAAGAAGCACUGGGCCGACUCGCUGGGCAUUGUGA